UGUGAGUGUAUUUAUAUAGGACUCAGCCAACCUGCAGUUUCAGAUUUCAGACUCUGUUUUAUCGGGAGAAUUUUCCCUGGUUUGCAGUCACUGCUGGAGCAGGGAAAGAGCUGACACCAGAGCCUUCCUGGAAGGCUGGGGAAAUUCUGGAAUCCUAGGCUCUCUCCUUGUCUCCUUCCAUCUCAUGGGAGCUGCAUCAGCCAUCCUUGGCAAGUUUCUUGUGUCUGGAGUAUUGUUAGGAUUUCUUCCCAAUCAGCAGUCUGCAUCUUCCAGUUGGGUCCUGACUUCCAGCAUGGAAGCCAUAAUGAAAGACGAAACACAUUUCUACACCCACUGACUGGCCAGGUCCCAGAGGAAAAUAAAAAAUUCGACUUGAAAAUAUCGGCCUUGGACAUGUCCAAUAAAGCAGGUGGGAAACGCCCGACUACCACCAACAGCGACCUGUCCAACCACAGCAUGGUGUCCGAGGUCCCUCCCGAGCGGCCCAGUGUCCGGGCAACCCGGACAUCCCGCAAGGCCAUUGCUUUUGGCAAGCGCUCACACUCCAUGAAGCGGAACCCCAAUGCUCCCGUCACCAAGGCAGGCUGGCUCUUCAAGCAGGCCAGCUCCGGGGUUAAGCAAUGGAACAAGCGCUGGUUCGUCCUGGUGGACCGCUGCCUCUUCUACUAUAAAGAUGAGAAGGAGGAGAACAUCCUGGGCAGCAUCCCCCUCCUGAGCUUCCGGGUGGCCGCCGUGCAGCCCUCAGACAACAUCAGCCGGAAACACACCUUUAAGGUGACUGUGUGCUGGGUGGACGAGGCUGGGGCCAGUUCCACGCACUGCCUCUCCCCACAGGCUGAGCAUGCUGGGGUCCGCACCUACUUCUUCAGUGCUGAGAGCCCCGAGGAGCAGGAGGCCUGGAUCCAGGCCAUGGGGGAGGCCGCGCGAGUACAGAUCCCUCCCACUCAGAAGUCGGUGCCCCAAGCUUCACGUCACAACCACGAGAAGCCAGACUCAGAGAACAUCCCUCCCAGCAAACACCAUCACCAGCCACCCCACAACAGCCUCCCCAAGCCUGAACCAGAUGCCAAGACGCGAGGGGAGGGGGACGGCCGAGGCUGCGAGAAGGCAGAGAAGAGGCCUGAGAGGCCUGAAGUGAAGGGCGAGCCUCAGCUCAAAGCCAAUGGCGUCCACGCUGGACCAGAACCAGCCUCAGAGCCAGGCAGCCCUUACCCCGAGGGCCCAAGGGUCCCAGGAGGCGGGGAGCAGCCUGUCCAGCCCAACGGCUGGCCAUAUAGCUCCCCCAGUCGGCCAGGGAGCACGGCUUUCCCGUCCCAGGACUCAGAGAGUGGGGGGCAUCGGCGGAGCUUCCCUCCACGUGCCAACGCUGACAAAAUUGCGCAGCGCAAGAGCUCCAUGAACCAGCUUCAGCAGUGGGUGAACCUGCGCCGAGGGGUGCCCCCUCCUGAAGACCUGCGGAGUCCCUCUAGGUUCUACCCUGUGUCCCGUAGGGUCCCUGAGUAUUACAGCCCCUACUCCUCCCAGUACCCUGACGAUUACCAGUACUACCCGCCAGGGGUGCGGCCAGACAGCAUCUGCUCGAUGCCCGCCUAUGAUCGGAUCAGCCCGCCCUGGGCCCUGGAGGACAAGCGGCACUCCUUCCGGAACGGAGGCGGCCCUGCCUUCCAGCUGCGUGAGUGGAAGGAGCCUGCAGGCUAUGGGCGGCAGGAUGGCACCGUCUGGAUCCCCAGCCCCUCCCGGCAGCCCGUCUAUUAUGAUGAGCUGGAUGCUGCCUCCGGCUCCCUGCGUCGCCUGUCCUUGCAGCCCCGGUCCCACUCUGUGCCCCGCUCGCCCAGCCAGGGCUCCUACAGCCGCGCCCGCAUUUACUCCCCCGUCCGCUCACCCAGUGCCCGUUUUGAGCGGCUGCCACCUCGCAGCGAGGACAUCUAUGCUGACCCUGCUGCCUAUGUAAUGAGGCGAUCCAUCAGCUCCCCCAAGUAUGAUUACCUGGGAGACAGGCGGCCAGUCCCUGCAGGACUGUUCCCCUACAACUACCCACCAUCCCCCACGGUCCACGAUAAGAUGGAUGAACUUUUAGACCUUCAAUUGCAAAGAAACCUAGAGUAUUUGGAUCAGCAGAUGAGUGAGAGCGAGACUCUCAUCAGUAUGGUGAACCGCAUGGUGGAAAACUCCUCCCCCAGGGCCCAACUCUUCAUGCAAGUCCCUCCGUACCCAGAAGUGUUCCGGGACAGCCUCCACACCUACAAGCUAAACGAGCAGGACACAGAUAAGCUGCUGGGCAAGUUGUGUGAGCAGAAUAAGGUGGUGAGGGAGCAGGACCGGCUGGUGCAGCAGCUCCGGGCUGAGAAGGAGAGCCUGGAAAGUGCCUUGAUGGGGACCCACCAGGAACUGGAGAUGUUUGGGAGCCAGCCUGCCUACCCCGAGAAGCUGCUGCACAAGAAGGAGUCACUGCAGAACCAGCUCAUCAACAUCCGGGUGGAGCUGUCUCAGGCGACCACGGCCCUGGCAAACAGCACCCUGGAGUACGAGAGCCUGGAGUCUGAGGUCUCGGCCCUGCACGAUGAGCUCUGGGAGCAGCUCAGCUUGGACCUCCAGAAUGAGGUGCUCAACCGGCAAAUCCAGAAGGAGAUCUGGAGGAUCCAGGAUGUGAUGGAGGGGCUGAGGAAGAAUAACCCAUCCCGGGGCACAGACACGGCCAAGCACAGAGGAGGACUUGGCCCCUCUGCCACCUACAGCUCCAACAGCCCCGCCAGCCCUCUCAGCUCCGCCAGCCUCACCAGCCCCCUGAGCCCCUUUUCACUGGUGUCUGGCUCUCAGGGGUCCCCCACCAAGCCCGGGUCCAGUGAGGAGCCCGGCCCGCCGCGGCCUCCCCUCCCCAAAGCCUACGUCCCCCUGGAGUCUCCUCCCACCGUGCCUCCACUCCCUAGCGAGAGCCGCUUCUGGCCAUACCCCAACUCCCCUUCCUGGCACCGCAGUGGCGAGACAGCCAGGGGUCAGCCCAAGGCAAGCUACGAGCAAAGCAAGAAAGACCCCCACCAGACAUCACCCCUGGAUGCCACUAGAGACAUCAGCCUUGUGCCCACCAGGCAAGAGGUGGAGGCCGAGAAGCAGGCAGCUCUCAACAAAGUUGGCAUUGUGCCCCCACGGACAAAGUCACCCACUGAUGAAGAAGUGACCCCAUCAAGGGUGCUGAGGAGAAAUGCCAACGGGCUCACCAAUGGACUCGCCUCCCGGCAGGAGCGCCCCAAGAGUGCUGUGUUCCCUGGAGAGGGCAAGGUCAAGAUGAGCGUGGAGGAGCAGAUUGACCGCAUGCGGAGGCACCAGAGCGGCUCUAUGAAGGACAAGCGGAGGAGCCUGCAGCUCCCGGCCAGCCCGGCCCCCGAGCCCAGCACCCGGCCUGCCUACAAAGUGGUGCGCCGCCACCGCAGCAUCCAUGAGGUGGACAUUUCCAACCUGGAGGCCGCUCUGCGGGCAGAGGAGCCUGGCGGGCAGGCCUAUGAGACACCGCGGGAGGAAAUUGCCCGGCUCCGCAAGAUGGAGCUAGAGCCCCAGCACUACGACGUGGAUAUCAAUAAGGAGCUCUCCACCCCAGACAAAGUCCUCAUCCCUGAACGGUACAUCGACCUGGAGCCCGACACUCCCCUGAGCCCAGAGGAGCUGAAGGAGAAGCAGAAGAAAGUAGAAAGGAUCAAGACACUCAUCGCCAAGUCCAGUAUGCAGAACGUGGUGCCCGUCGGCGAGGGGGACCUUGUGGAUGUGCCCCAGGACUCAGAGAGCCAGCUGCAGGAGCAGGAGAAGCGGAUUGAAAUCUCCUGUGCCCUGGCGACCGAGGCCUCCCGCAGGGGCCGCAUGCUGUCUGUGCAAUGUGCCACCCCAAGCCCUCCCACCUCCCCUGCCUCCCCGGCUCCACCAGCCAACCCCCUAUCGUCUGACUCCCCACGGGGCGCCGACAGCAGCCAUGCCAUGCGGGUCUGAGCUCUGACUGCAAGCCCUGGCCGAGGCCAACGCCAUGAAGCUCCACAGAGCCACGUUCUGAAGCCACCUCUGCCUCCCUGAGAUCCUGCUCCCCACUUGGCCCCCUGGCCCCCUGCCCCUCUGCUCCUAUGGGAACGCUGCAGGGAGCCGGGCUGGGGGCCGGGCUGCUUCCAAGAGGCGCACGGGCACCUCAGUGUCCACACACCCAUGGCACUUGGCCCUGAAGCCCUCGCUGCUCAGAGAGUGGUCCCGGGCCAGGGUGCGAGAUGGCGGGGUGAGGACCGCCAUCCUGUCUGAUGCUCACGGUACAGGGAGCCUAGGUCUGGCUCCAGCAGGGGUUGUGAUGGCCCUAUGGGCACAUUCCGUGGUAGAGGAGAUGUUCCGGUGGGGAACGUGCCCUGGGCUACCCUAGGUUAGGACUCCUCUCUUGAUGCCAAGGACAGCACCUGCCAUCGUCCCCUUUUCCCAUAGACCCCACCCCUGCUGCCCCAGCUGAACCCAGGGUCUUGGCACAUCUCUGCUCCUGGGUGCUCCUUUGGGGUCCAGUGGAGACUGACUGCCCUGUCUGAGCCAAAGACGAGAUGAUGAGGGAUGGGGAGAGGUUCCCUCUGGGAGCCCAGUGCUGGCUGGCCGGAGAGCCGCAGGUCUGUGCAGUGUCUGAGGGCAGGUUGAGAAGGGGUGGCAGAGAGCGGGGGAGAGAUCUCAGGAAAAUGAGAGGACAGGGAAGGAGCAGGACUCAUGCGCAAGUAGGAAGAGAAGGACGGAGAUGAGAAGAGGUGUGGAUUGGUUUCCCCAGGGUGGAGCCUUUAGGUUUGUGCCAAGUACAGUGCCGGGCUGUCAGCUCUGCUCAUCCCACCCGUCCCCAGGAUCAGUGGGGCUCCCAACAGGAAGACCCGCCACCCGCACCCUGCCUUGGGGAUGGAGGUGUGAGUCCAGGGGCUGGGCAGCAGCAGCCUGGGAGAUGGCUCUUUUGAGGUCUGGGCCUGGUGUUGGCCUCCCCAUCCUAGGGUUGGGAGCAGAGAGAAGGAUCUGUCUUAUGGAGGGGCCGGUCAGCCUCGGGGGCUCUCCUAACCAUUUCUGCGACAUCAUCUUGUCUCCCUUCCCCCUGGAAUGUGCCGUGGGCCAGCCAAGGGUGUGCCCUGGGAAGAGGGAACGUGGCCUUAAUCUGGUAAGCCAGAUUCUGGGCCCUACCCUGCAUUCCCUGAUGAGGACACGUUGAGGCUUACGGAAAGCCUCCCUUCUAGCCUGGCUCUCUUCCAACCCACCUACCCAUGGGCCGGUGGUGGAGAGACAGAAGCAAAGCUUCUUCUCCCUCUGACCCGCCCACCUUGAGAUGAAUGUAGCCAGAGACGAUGAAGGAGAGAGAGUGAAGCCGAAAAACCUUGGCCCUAGGUCUGCUCUUUGCCAGAGUUGCUGUCCAGAGACUUCAGCCUGACCUCCCGCGGCCCCAGGAACGACUACCUUAACUUCCACCAAUUCUUCUUCACGCCUUCCUGGCUGGGACAGUUAUGGUUCAUAUGCAAGUAAAGAUGACAGUUCAUUCAACAAAUAUUUAUUGAGCACCUUGUAUGUACCAGGCACUGUUCUAGGUGCUGAGAAUAUUCUCAUGCUUCUGAGGGAUUACCGACUGGGGGGAUGCCAUGCACCUUCACUUCUAGCAGGUUGUUUGAACAUGACCCUUGGCUGCAUUUCCCAUCUUCGGCACAGCUCAAGCACCCUAAACCUGUCUGUCCUCUCCCCCCACAGACCGGCAGGAGGGAUUGGCUCCCAGGUAACCCUCUCUCCCUUCUCCAUCUUCUCCCACACCUUCUCCAUCCAUAAGAAACUGGUUUUUCGGGGCCUUCCAUGCCUUCCCCUUUCUUUGUCUCUCUCUCUUUUUUUUUUUAAAGCGAUAUUUUUCAAAAUAUAUGUGAAAUACCAAGGAUUGACGUCUGCCCCUCUGCCAUCUCUCUCUCAUAAAGCUGGCUCUUUAUGUUGCUUUACAUGCCUUAAUAUAUGUUUUAUGAAGAUUACACAUAUUAUAGAUGUAUAUGUAAUAUAUAUAUUUGUUCGGAUGUCUGAUCCUUUCCUAGAACUCCUGCCCGGGCCCAUUUCCUCUCCUUUACUUUCCACGCCAUUCCUAGCAUACUGUGGCCAUACCCCAUGCCUUUUGAUCCAAAGAAGGGGAGAGGAAAGACUUAUUUUAAGACAGAUCUAUUUUAUGCUUUUGUUAUAAAAGCAAAUCUAUUUUCAAAAUGUGCAAUGUCUGAGUGGAAUUGGCAAGUGAUAUGAGGAGACUGGGGUGGCUGCCUCCAGGCCCAACCCUCCGCCCUUCCCUCCUCCGUGGCAGCUUCCUUCCUCCCCCUCCCCAGUCUGCAAAGGGCUGGUCCCCAGAGCUCACCCAGGGAGCGUCUCGCCGGGGCAGGACAUUCUCUUGCAAGUCCUGGUCUAAGGAUUUGAUUACAUGGUCAACUCUUGUUGAGCCUCUAGGUUUAUCGGAUGUGAACCCUCUUGAAAGAAAUGUUUACAGUUGUGUGCACAGAAGUACGCCCAUGCAGGCACCCCCCCCCCCCCCCAGAUGUGCUCCUUCAUCACCCACUGGAAAGGGCAGACAGUUUAAUGGCAGCCUAUGCCAAACAGCACCGAGAAGGUCAGACUGUUCUUGAAUGGAUCCAGGAUAUGGUGCCACUGGCCAAAGGAAGCGAUUUGGGAUCACUGGUCCUUCGGUGUAGACACAUUCGAGUUCCUUGGACUUCUCACACUCCUUUUCACUUGAUCCCUCUCGGGUCUGGGUCACAUCUAUGGCAUCUGUCUCCCUCUGUGACCUUUCUUCGGGGGCCGUUGUUAAAGGGGAUGGUACCCCGGUCUGGCAUCCAGACUUUGAAGUCAGCCCAGAAGGUCCCAUGGACAAGGUACAUCUCAGCCUUGCCAAGGACUUUCCUGCUCCUGGGGCCCUGAACUAAGCCAGCUCAGCCUUCUAGCUGCUUAUCAACUGUCGAAGUGGGCAAGGAGCUGUUGCCUUGCAAGGAUUUGGGCGAAAUGAAAGUCUUUUGUCCAGAUCUGGAAUCAAGGGUUUUGGAAUCUAGCACUGAGCUCCUGGCCAGCUUUUGAAGCCUGGCUUCCCACUCUGACAUUUCCUGGCAUCCUAUUCCUAGCCUAGAGCAUUUGCUAUGAAUGAUAGGGGCCCAGAUGGAAGCCCAGGGCUAAGGAACCCACCUAGGGACAGUCCUGGUCACUAAUCUAGGGCCUUCCCAAUUAGCACAUUUCCUCCGUCAUCAAUACCAAGAGGCUGUAAUCAAAUACUAACUCUGUCACUUAAAAGAUGUUCUGAGGUUGCAAGCUGUGCUCACUUGCUUUCUUGCCUUAGUGAGAGGCAUGCUCUUGGACCAGGGCUGACUAUAGCAAGACAGAAUUAAUUCCUUUCCCCCUUAGGCACCCCCCCCCCCAACCUGGCAGCUCUUUAAACUAAGGAAAACAUGAAAUAUACAUAUAUAUAUACAUAUAUCUAUUUAUGCACAUAUUGGGGCCAAUUUGAUUUGCUAGUAUUAGACAAUAAACCAUACAAGGAAAUUUAUGAUCUCAGUGUCUUUAUUUAGUAUAAAAGUGACCUUAGAAGAAGAGUUAAGGUUAGAUAAACAGAGGGUAUCUCUGUCAGGGGACCAAACAACCAUAGCAGCCCCUUAGCAUCUUUCUAGCAGAUGAGCCUCUCCACAGGGAGGGGCCAUCCUAAUUGACAGAUGAGAGCUUGCUUCCCUCUCAGCAGCAUUCUUUUUAGCUAUAGGUACUGAAGCACCCAGUGAGCUCGCAUUUGUAUCUUGCAAGUUUGUAUAAACCCAUUACAGGAAAUAAAUGGUUUGUACAAGU